AUGGUGCAAGACAUCCUUACUAGUACUUUGUAUAACGCAAGCCGACAAAGCUUUAAACAGAGUGUCAAGCAAGGAUGGGCAUAUAUUGGUCGGAAAAUGGACGUUGCUGACUUUGAGUGGGUUAUGUGGUUCACCAAGUUUCGAAACUACAUUCUUUUCGCCUUAUCUGGCCAUGUUCUGUUUGGUAAAGCUAUUUCCAUGACGGUUCCUCAGCACAGAUCCAUGUAUUUUAUGACUUACGGGAUACUGGCAGUUCUGGCUACAAUGGGUCUCUCAUACCUGAUGCUGAUCCUGGUCCACUGCGUUGUGCUGUACAGCGUCGGUUUAGCUAAACAGAAGUGGCUGUGUUUCGCUGCUGGCCUCUGCAGCCUAGCAACAUUCAAAUUCGAACCCGUGAGCUCUUGGCAGACUGGGUUUGUAACAGGCACCUUCCAGCUCCAUGAUGUCCUGUUUUAUGGAGGAAGUGGUUUCACCAUCAUGCGAUGUAUGAGCUUUGCAUUGGAAAACACCGAGUGGAAAGAUGGGAACUACUCAAUCCUGGAUCUGCUGGUGUACAACUUCUACCUCCCUUUCUUCUUCUUCGGACCGGUAAUGACCUUCGAUCAGUUCCACGCUCAGGUGAACCAAGAAAAGCUCAUUCGGAAAGAGAAUGAAAUGUGGAACAUCAGGAAGUAUGCCAUUGUGCACCUUGCUGUAAUAAUCCUUGUGGAUAUCUGCUUCCAUUACCUCUACAUUCUGACCAUCCCUUCGGACCUGAAAUUGGUGGCACACCUUUCCGACUGGGCAUUAGCUUGUUUGGCUUAUUUCAACCUGGUGUACGACUGGAUAAAGGCAGCGAUGAUGUUCGGAGUGGUCGGAACUGUGGCCAGACUUGACUAUCUUGACCCACCCAAACCACCAAAAUGCAUCACCAUGCUGUACGUCUUUGCUGAAACGCACUUUGACAGAGGGAUAAAUGACUGGCUGUGCAAGUACGUCUAUGAUUAUUUGGGAGAAGACCAUGACAACAUUCUGAAGGAGCUGCUGGCGACAAUUUGCACCUUCCUUAUCACCACACUCUGGCUCGGCCCGGAGAACGUGGUCUACAUCUGGUCCAUGUGUAACUGCUUCGGCCUCAACUUUGAGCUGUGGGUACAAAAGUUCUUCCAGCUGGAACCCUUUGCUUCUAUUGAGGCUAACCAAAUAUCUGAGGCAAUGUCCCGGCGAAUCAGAGGAGUCUUUGGUGCUGCAAACUUCUGGGCCAUUAUUUUGUACAACGUCCUUUCACUGAACAGUGUUGACUUUGCUCUCUUGGUUGCUGGAAGGUUGUUCCUCACUGGAUUUCCCUGGAGCCUGUUGAGUGUUCUCUUUGUGACGUACUGUGGGGUACAGCUGAUCAAGGAGAACGAGCGAAGGUUGGCAAUGGAAGCUGACAAAGAGAAAGUGGACUAGAGAACUCCCCAAGAGAGGCACGCAAAUUGAUCGAGGAAAGCUCAUGCUGUGAGCAGUUACCAAAUUGACCAUUUGUCACAUGUACAGAGAGAUUUUCUGAUUGCAGGAACAGACAAAUUACCUAAUUAAAUUGUAAUAACGUUGAACAGAUCAAUUCCCCUUCUUCCCUCAAUUCCCCUUCUUCCCUCAAUUCCUGCACUGUGUGUAAAGGAGAAAAGACUCCUCUCAGACUGUGAAUCUCUUGCUCCAGAGGUUGCUGGAGGAGAUCACUUGAGUUUGAUUUCCCCCAGCCCACAACCCACCUCAUUCAGUCCGACUGCAGCUGAUAUCCACUUUCCAAUCUUCAGAAUUGGUGUGAAGGAAACUCUCUCUCAGUUCGACUGAAAAUCAGGCUGUCUCAUCUCUCCCAACGCAGGGGGUUCCCAGAGACGGGCUGGACCCCUAGUGAGGCUGGAAACGCAGACUGGCUCCAAACCCACACACACCCAGACCCCACCCCACACAGAUACACACUCCCACACAUGCAUGCACGCACACAGACACACACACACACACACACACCUCCCCACACAGGCACAUACACAUGCCGUCUAAUGCACACAAUUACUGGGAAGGCCACAUGGAGAUUUGUGGGUUUUGAGUGAUGGAGUCUGCAAUAAAAAACACUAACUGAGAUCCUGAACAAUUAUCGUUCAUUCAUUACUGCUCUGUGAGCUUUCUUCUCCAUCUAAGUAUCUGUAAAGCUUGGCACGUUACUUGUCGAAAGUAUAAUUUAUUCUGCUCAAUCUUGAAGUUUUUAUAACAGAAAUCCACUCUGACUCAAGUGUUUGUGAAGGAUAAAUAUAAAUAACUAACUGUGAACUCCUGUACACCGACUUCCUGCCUCACUGUUCCUUUAAGCUGCACUGUGUUAAUUUAUAAGCACUUCACAUACACAACAGAAAUAAAUGUUAAAUUGGAA